UUUGAUUCAUUUUCGUAUAUUUUAAUUUAUUAUAAACAUUUGAUAUUUAUUUGUUAUUCGUAAACAAUACAUUAUUAGAAGUGGAAUUUUUACAUACAAUAUUAAGAAUAUAUUAAAAUAAUAACAUUUCGAUUGUAGUACAAAUAGUCUGGACUUCUAUGGCCUCAGUUAAAAUACGACAUCGUGAAUUAUUUGUGUACAUUAUAAGAAAUUAGAAAUGAGUGGUGAUAUCAAAGAUGAAAAGAAAGUUUCUAAGCGCAAAAAGCGAACCUCAAAUAAGAGAUGGCUGCAAAGUGAUGAGGCUGCUAUAAUAAGUUUUAUUAAACAAAAUCCAGACUUUGAGAAACCAACUGCUCAAGUUUACUAUAAUAAAUUUCUUUUUGAAAGUGAAAUUGAUACUGAUUGGGAUCGUGUACGCCACAAAAUGCGUCAUAUGCGUAGAAUUUAUCGAAAAGCUAAAGAAUAUGGAAUAAAGAAAGCAGCAUCGAAUGACUUAUAUAAAGAUUACGAAAGUGUAAGAAAAGAAAUGUUAAGAAUCUGUUGGUACUUAGACGACUUCGAUAUAAUAUUCCCCCAUGAAAUGGAGACUCACAGCGAUGGCAUGUACUUAAACGCCUUUGCCCCUAGUUGUGAUGAAGUUUCCAACGAGGCAUCAUUUUCCAAUAUUAAAAACACAAGUACAGAUUCUAACGAAAAAUAUUUAUUGGAUGAACCUGCAAUGAGUUUAUCAUCUAGCAGUAUUAAAAAAGAUAUACUAGCCGUACAGACAGGAAUGUUCAAUUUUAAGCGACAACAGCACGGUGAAACCACAACUAUAAAACAGCAGGAACUUGAAUUGCUUAGAGAGCAAAUUAAACUUGAUAGAGAAAAAUUUAAUUUUGAUAAAGAGAAAUUUUGCUUUGAAAAAGAGAAAUUUCGCGAAGAAUUAAAAAUUAAAGAUAAAGAAAUCGAAAGUCAAGAAAAGUUGAAGAUAAUGGAGAUACAAAUGAAGGAGAGAGUUGCCCUAAAGGAGUUAGAACUUAAGGAAAGAAUAGCUUUUAAAUCGGUGGAAAAACACGAAAAUUAUACAAAUUUAUAUAAUGAUAUUAAACACCAAAACAUGAGUGCAUCCAAACGUAGGAGUAAGCUAAUGCCAUUGCGCUACAGGACUAAACCUAUAAAGAAAUGGACUCUAAGCGAAGAAAUUACUCUUAUCAAUUACCUUAAAAAUAACCGUAAUUUUGAGAAACCAGUUGCCAGAGUUUACUAUAACAAAUUUCUUGAAGAAAAUAAUAUUGAUGAUAAAAGUAUUGAUUUCAAGGUUGUAAGGUCAAAAGUACGUAAUAUGCGGGUAAGAUAUCGCACAGCCAAAGAAUGUGAAAUCAAAAAAUCAGCAUGUAAUGAUUCCGAAUUUAAUGCUGAAGAUAUUCGAAAGGAAAUGUUAAAAAUCUGUUGGUAUAUAGAUGAUUUCGAUGAUAUUUUCCCCAAUGAAAUGGAUGGUUAUAUUUACAAAAAACCCCAAGCAGAUAUAUUUUUCAAUCAAGAAUCUUCAUCCAACAUCAAUAAUUCUACACAAUUUUUAAAUGAAGAUACUUGCUCUGACCAAGAACCGCCAUUUAAAUUUAAUACUUCAAAACCUAUUUCAACUGAAAAUUUGUUUCGAGAAGACGACCUAACAUCAAGUUCAUCCUCUAACAGUAUUAAUGGAGAUGUAAUAACAAAGCAGGAGGAUAUAUUUAAUUUUAAAACACAACAUCAUAAGGACACAAGUAUAAGGCAACAGGAAAUUGAACUGUUAAAAGAGAAAUUGAGUUUUGAAAAGGAAAAGUUUCGCCAAGAAUUUACAUUAAAAGAAAAAGAACUCGAAAGCCAAGAGAGACUAAAAAUAAUGGAAUUGCAAAUGAAAGAGAGAUUAGCAAUGAAAGAAUUGGAACUAAAAGAAAGACUAGCACUGAAAUCAAUGGAAAAACGAGAAACAUCCUCAUUAAACAAUGUAUAUCAUAAUUUGGUCUAAAUAUUGUUAAAAAUGAAAUUUACUAUAAUUUAAAAUUAACAAAAUAUUUAAAUGCUUUAUUUAUUUUUGUUAAUAAAAUUCA